AUGCCUCCGGCAGCGCCUGCGGUGAAUGUGAUCAAAGGCUUUCAGACACCCAUCGCUUCUGGCGGAGAGGAGUCGGACUACUCUUCCCCCGGCACCCCUCGCUUUCCGCCAUCAAGAAUGUCCAGCACCACAGAUAGUCCCCGCCUUGCCCCUUCCUCUUCCUUCUCUGCGCUCAGUGCCCUCAAAACACGUCUGGAUACGUUGAGCCUCGACAGCGAUGAACGUCGACCAAGCCUGGCCCGGGCUUUCGGCACGGUGCAUCUUGUCAAGCAAUAUGCUACGGGUCGUCUGUAUGCGCAGAAACAAUUCAAAAAGGCCAGUCUGACGGUCCACAAGAGGCUCGUGGAGCAGACGCGGACCGAGCGCGCCAUUCUCGAAUCGGUCAAUCGACACGCCUUUGUCGUCAAGCUGUUCUACGCCUUUCAGGAUCAGGAGAAGCUGUACCUCAUCCUCGAAUACGCGCAGGGCGGAGAGCUGUUUCAUCACCUGGCCAUGGAGCGCAUGUUCUCCGAAGACACCUCCGCCUUCUACAUGGCCGAGAUGAUCCUCGCACUCGAGCAUCUGCACCACAACGUCCGCGUGAUCUACCGCGACUUGAAGCCGGAGAACUGCCUCCUGGAUUCCGAAGGCCAUCUCCUCCUCACCGACUUCGGCCUCUCCAAAGUCGCCCUGGAAUCCGAAGGCGAGCGCGCGAACAGCGUCCUCGGCACCAUCGAGUACAUGGCGCCGGAAGUGGUCCGUGGCGACGCCUACGACUUUGCAGUGGACUGGUGGAGCUUGGGAGCUAUCGGCUUCGACAUGCUGACCGGGAAACCACCGUUCGGAGGCGGCAACCACGCGAAGAUCCAGCAGAACAUUCUCAAGCAGAAGCUGGUGCUUCCCUACUUCCUCGGCCCCGACGCAAAGGACCUGCUCACACGCCUGUUGCGCAAGGACCCUAAGAAGCGCAUCGGGGGUGCGAACCCAAAAGAUCUCAAGACGCUGAAGGCGCAUCGCUUCUUCCGCAAGAUCGACUGGAAGAAGCUGGAAAAGAGGGAAGUGGAGCCACCGAUCCGGCCCCUUAUCACGGAUCCCGAGCUGGCGGAGAACUUCGAUGCGGAGUUUACAGAUUUGCCCCUGAGCCCUGUCCUGGCGCGGAGCAGCAAGGGCUGGGAUGAUAUGGAGAUGCGGGACUCGCGGCAGAGUUUCAGUGUGGAAAACAAUCCAUUCGGCGGCUUCAGCUUUGUGGCGAGUCAGAGUUUGUUGGAUAGCGAUGAAUGGAUGCUGGGGGCUUGA